AUGUACUGCGGCCAGUCUGACCACCCUUCACUCGCCAAGAUCGAGGACUACUGGGAGUCGCAUCUGGCUUCCAGCACCGUGGCAAAGUUCGAGUGGAAGCCGGCCAUGUCCUACGGCGAGGCACUUCGCCUUGCCAAGAUUGACGAGCAGAGUGCUGUUGGACGCAAUCAGACUUCAGCCGGCGGCGGUGACCACCACGGCCACAAGCGACAGCUGCUGCGCCGACACGGAGGGAGCCAUGGCUCCGAAGACGACCACGACGAAAUGGACCAUGUGGACAGCCCCUUGCCCGUCAUCAAACCUCGGGCCCCUCUCAAUGUCACCAGCGUGGUGGCCCAGAAGGACUGGACCAAAAGCUACAACGGCGCCAAGGGGUUCGAGAUCAACGAAGCCGGCCACGCGAAAUACACCCUCGUUCUUCUGCUGGUGGCGCUCUUCGCGCCGGCGGUUCUCUCUCUGGUCCGCUUCGUCCCGGGGCUCAGUCGCAGCCGCACAUGGCAAUGGAUCAGCUCGAUGCUCGUCGAGCCGCCGGCAUGGGGCAAAUCGCACCGCGAGCCCGUGUCCCCGUACACGGGGGGCGGCCUGAUGCCCACCAGAGGACAGGCGCUCUACAUCCUGCUCAUCUCCGUGCUCAACACGGUCUUCCUGGUGGCCCCCUACACGGCACUCUUCCCGCAGACCUCGUUCCCGUCCAUAGAGUCCAUGGAGAUUAGCACAAUCGGCAACCGGGCCGGCGUGCUGGCAAUGGGCAACAUGGUGGCGCUCUUCGUCUUCUCCGCCAGGAACAACGUCCUCCUGUGGCUGACGGACUGGCCGUACGACACCUUUAUCCUGCUGCACAGGUGGCUCGGGUACUGGACCAUCCUGCUCGCCGUCAUCCACUCGCUCAUGCUGUUCGGGUACUACGUCGCCGAGGGGAUGUACGAGGACGAGGCGGCGAAGCUGUACUGGACAUGGGGCAUCGUCGCGACGGUCUGCGCCGCCGCGCUCUGGCCCAGCUCGCUCCUGGUCGUGAGACAAAAGGCCUACGAGCUGUUCCUGUGCACGCACCAGGUGCUCGUGGUGUUCUUCGUCGUCGGGUACUACUACCACAUCUGGGAGCGGUACAGGCACAACUGGGGCUAUGAGAUUUGGGUCUUCGUCGCGAUUGCGGUCUGGCUCCUGGAGCGCUCGGCCAGGCUGCUGCGCGUGGGCUUGGCCGGCCUCAAGACGGCGGUCGUGUCGCCGGUCGAGGGGUCCGACGGGGACUAUGUCCGCAUCGACAUCGAGGACGCCUUUGCCGAGGGCGUGGCGUACCUCUACUUUCCAACGCUCUCGUGGCGGUUCUGGGAAAACCACCCGUUCUCCAUCGCGUCGUCCUUCUCGGCCCACGCGACGGACGCGGGUGGCAGCCUGGAGAACCUGCACGUGACAGACGUGGAAAAGACGGCUCGAACGACGACUCGCAGCGCAGAGGUCGAAGUCGAGGCCAAGGCCGACUCCCCGUCCACAACUGCGUCUACAGUCGCCACGCGGCCGUCGGGCAAGACCAGGGUGACCAUCGCCGUCAGGGUCCGGUCAAGCAUGACGGCGCGCCUUGCCGCCAGAGUCUCGGCCGCCGGGGGCCCGAUCCGGAUCCCUGUUUUCCUCGAAGGCUCGUACCACUCCUCGGCCGGGAGCCAGCUGUCGCGGUGCACACGGAUCCUGUGUAUAGCCGGCGGCGUCGGCCUCAGCGCCGUCUUGCCGAUUCUGCGCCAGCACGGAAAUCGACCAGCCCGGCUGUGCUGGGGCAUCCGCAACGACAGCCUCAGGUCCGUCUUCAGGGACGAAAUGAGCAGCCUUUCAGCCACGGUCGAUAUCGAAACGCACGUUGGGUCGCGGAUGGACGUCGGCUCCAUUCUUCGAGAAGAGCUGACAGCGCCGUGUGGAUCCGAAGACCGGGGUCCCAUUGGAGUCGUCGUCUGUGGCCCGCCGGGAAUGGCUGAUGAUGUCCGGAACACCAUCUGCACCUUGGGUCGCAGUGCAACAGUGAGGGGAGGGGCGCAGUGCAUCCAACUCACUUUGGUAAAUCGACAUUCCGCAGCCCGCAGCACAGAUGAGAUGAUGCCAACCGCGCGUCUGGCAUCAGCGCUCUGCUGGUGCCUCGUAGGCCGGCUUGCAGCAGCAAAGCCGCCCAGACGAUCCGCCGACUUGUGCCUUCAGUCGUGCCAGAAUGCCCUGGCGCCAGUGCACUUCAGCGACGCCGAGGUCUUGCCCGCCAAGUCAAGGGUUGAGAUGUGCCGAAGCCAAAGGGCCGUCACGUCCAUGUAUCUGUGCUUGGAUAUGUUCUGCGACCAGGACGCGCGGGCCGCCGAGGUUGCGGCCCUGAACGAGACGUGUGUCGGGUCCGACAUGGAUGCGCUUCCUCCCAUUUCCAUCAUUUCGAAUUACACGCCGGGCGACAUUGAGCGGUUGCGGCACAUCAGGCUCGGUGAGACGUUUGCGCCCAACGCCACGGUGAAGGAGGUUGUCGUGCCGGCUUUUGAGCUUUACAAAGCGUGGUUUGACACAUUGGACGCGUACAGAUAUGUCACCCAUCACCACUUUUUGUACGGCUUUUCCAUGAUUUUGUUUUGGUUGGCUGUGUUGGCUAUAGGUGUUGGCAAUAGAAUCAUACUCGGAUGCAUCCGCUUCUUGAAAACGUACCGACUGUACCGCAGCCGCCGCUCUGAGACGGCAACAUGGGUGAAGAGCAGGAUUGUCAUACCCGCAACCUUUGGGUACAGAUGCGCCACGGAAGUGUGGUGCGGCACGAUUCCGCCUCGGAUACAGAGUCUCACAAUUGCGGCGUUUGCCAUCAUGAAUCUUGCAUUUAGCAUAUUCGGGUACAAAAUCACACCCGUCAAUCUCUAUUUCUCUACACCAACACGACAGUGGCUGCGCUACGUUUCCGACCGGACGGGGAUUAUUUCGUUUGCCAACUUCCCCAUCAUUUGGCUCUUUGGCAUGCGUAACAACUUUGCCAUUUGGCUUACGGGGUGGGACUUUGGCACGUAUAACAACUUUCACCGCUGGGUGGCCAGGAUUGCCACUCUUCAGGCUGUUGUUCAUUCGCUGGGGUAUACGGUGCUGAUUCUGAAAGAAGGAGGAUGGACAUAUUUCGCUUGGUGGUGGACGCAAAUGUUCUGGCUCGCGGGUGAAGUGGCCACGGUGCUCAUGUGCGCCUUGAUGGCUUGCUCCAUCUACUGGCUACGGCGCCAAAAGUACGAGCUGUUCCUCGUAUUACACAUUGGCAUGUCGAUAUUUAUCCUCGUCACUAUGCUCGGCCACGUUUCCAUCUUCAACGGCCAUUACGACGCCUUCUUCUGGGUCCCCGUAUUCAUAUGGGUAUUCGACAGAGUCCUACGCAUCCUCCGAAUAAUUUUCUUCAACCCGACGAUAAAGCCAACCGUCGCCACCGCAACGUACAACCUGUCCACAAACAUUGUGCGGCUCCACGUUCCGUGUCAUUUCAGAGCAUACAAAGUUCGACCGGGGACGUAUUAUUAUCUCUCAGUCAUCGACGACAAGCGAUUUUGGGAAAGUCACCCGUUUACCGUGGCAUCCGUUUCAGACUCGCAUCUGCCAGGAAAGCCCUUCGGGGAGCAAGCCCCCCUCCUCGAGUCAGAUGUAAUCGGUGCAGAGGAGCAAGAGAUGGCCAAGCCAAACCCGAAGUUUCUCACGUUUCUCAUCAGGCCAUACGACAGCUUUACAGCUCGACUGAAAGAUCUGGCCUCGGAGGACUCCCCGCAGCCAGCGUCAAUACGGGUGCUGGUAGAUGGGCCGUACGGACACAGCCAGCCGCUACACCUGUUCGACCACGUCUUGUUCGUCGUAGGAGGCAGCGGCGUUGUCGUGCCCAUGUCCUAUCUCAAGGUCUUGACGGGCCGCAACAAGCAAACAACGUCCACCCACAUCCACUGGGCGAUACGAGAGCCAGAGUUCGCAGCGGAGGUACUGUCGAAUGACAUGGCAGAAGCUCUCGGCGAUGCGAGUUUCGCCAUCGACUUGUACUUUUCUGCCGAGACGGAGAGAAACAUCGGCGCAAACAUGCCGCCCAAAGCGUCACGGCAUUAUAGACGACCAAACGCCGCGGCGAUUAUUCUCGCCGCCGCGGAAGAUGCAGGCGAACGCACUCUUGCCGUCGUUGCAUGCGGUCCAGCCAAAAUGGCCGACGACGCCAGAAGGGCCGUAACAGAAGCCUUGGACAUUUUCCCUUCUCAGAUAGAGUAUUUUGAGGAGAGUUUUAGAUGGUAG